AUGGCCAUCAGAGUAACUCCCCUCCUUUUGACAAUCCUCUAUAUGACGCACCAAGCCCUCUCUGCCCCAAUAACAAAGGAGAACCCUCUCCCACCUGCAACCACCUCCGCAGCCCUCGGAACCUCCACAUCCACCCAACAUCCAUCCGAACAAAUCCCAGGAACAACCCCCAAACGGCAUCACAUCAUCAGAGUAUCCAAGUCCACCAGCGACGAAACAGCAAACAACUACUUCUUCGACACAACAACCCUCCAACUCCUCGAAACGAGCCACCAAACCAAGCCCGUCCCCGUAUUCACAUCCUCCAACAACAACAAGGUCGUCAUCGUCACCGUCCCCGAUGCCGACUACAACAACAACAACAACAACGGCAACGCAAUUACUUCAUACCACGUCCAAGAGGACCUUAUCAAUACUCCCUCCUCUGUCUGGAACGGGAAGCAAGCUCAGAUACUCUGCCGCCGGCUCCGCCAGUGUAGGCAGCGCGUCUUGGAGCAGCGGCUUGGACUGCUUAUUCUGGGAGUCUCGCUUGCGCUUGCACUUGUUUGUGCUUGUAUGAGGGAGUGA